GCCUUCAAACUCUCUCCUGAAAGUGUUUCUGCUACUACAAGAUGAGCCGACAUCCUUCUGUGAAAUGGGCUCAGAGGUCUGAUAAGGUCUACAUCACUAUUGAGCUACCAGAUGCAAAGGAUGUGAAGCUGAAGCUGGAACCGGAAGGGAAAUUCUUUUUCUCUGCUACCAAUGGUGCUGAUAAUAUACCCUAUGAAGUUGAUAUUGUCCUAUAUGAUAGGGUUGAUGUGAAUGAAAGCAAGGCUAGUGUUGGCUCAAGAAACAUUUGCUACCUUGUGAAAAAAGAGGAGCGGAAAUGGUGGAGCAGAUUGAUAAAGCAAGAAGGGAAGCCUCCUGUAUUUUUGAAAGUUGACUGGGACAAAUGGGUUGAUGAAGAUGAGGAACAGGAACCUAGUUUAGGAGCUGAUAUGGACUUUGGCGAUAUGGACUUUUCGAAGUUGAACAUGGGUGGUCCAGAAGACUUUGAUAUUGAUGACAAAGAUGAAGAUGAUAGUGAAACUGAUGAGAUGAACGAGGAAGAAGCCCCAUCAGCUGGUGGUGACUCUGAGGCUAAAGUUUGAACUGUACCACUCUAGUUUGUAAUGGAUUCUCCACCCCCCCCCCCCCCAUUUUCUUCAAAAGCAUACCAUCUGUACAAGAAUCCAAUUUUGUGGCUUAACCAAUAUUUUCUCUAAGGAUCCAUGAUAUUCUAGGGUGGGGAGAUUGGAUUGAUUUUUGAAGUUUAAGAUACACAUCCAAUACAUGAAUUACUUAGAACUGGUUUCAGAUG